GGCGGGCCGAGGCGGGCCGAGGCGUCUCCUCAGCGGGAUGAUCUCAGGGGGAGACUGCCUGGUCGAAGUUGACUUGGUCGGCAUGUCGAGCACCGGACUUUGUCGGUGCUGAAUUCCAGUUCGUUGAUUCCGGAAGAUCGAAUGUGGAUUGUGCCAAUGUCUGGCAUUGUCUCUGCAGAGGGGAAAUGAGUAACAGUGUUGGCUCCCGGAUGGAUGGCUCAGCCGGACCAGUUGCCAUGGCAAAUGGACCUGUCUCAACAUCGACUGACACAACCAGCUCCACACUGGGCCCGCCCUCCGCCCUGGAGGAGCCGAGCAGCGAGCCUCAGUCUUCCCUAACGGAUGUCACCCAGAUGUGGGUGAAAUUUGCCAAGACGUUUGCCAUCAUCCUGCCGAUCUACAUCCUGGGCUACUUUGAGUUCAGCUUCAGUUGGGUGCUGAUCGGACUGGCCGCCUUGUUCUACUGGAGGAGAACACAUGGCAGCAAGGACUACCGGAUCAACCGGGCCUUGGCCUUCCUGGAACACAAGGACAUAGUUGUCAAGAAGAGUCUUCCUACCACUGACCUGCCAUCGUGGGUCCAUUAUCCAGAUGUGGAGAGAGUGGAGUGGCUGAAUAAGACGGUGAAGCAGAUGUGGCCGUUCAUCUGUCAGUUUGUGGACAAGUUGUUCCGAGACACCAUCGAGCCGGCGGUGAAGGGUGCUAACCCUCACCUCAGCUCCUUCUGCUUCACCAAGAUCGACAUGGGUGACAAGCCUCUGAGAGUGAACGGUGUGAAGGUUUACACAGAGAAUGUGGACAAGAGGCAGGUCAUCAUGGACCUGCAGAUCAGCUUUGUGGGGAACACGGAGAUUGACGUGGACAUCAAGAAGUACUACUGCAGAGCUGGAAUCAAGAGCAUCCAGCUUCAUGGAGUGAUGAGAGUGGUGAUGGAGCCUCUCCUGGGCGACAUGCCUCUCAUUGGAGCUCUGUCCGUCUUUUUCCUCAAGAAGCCGCUGCUGGACAUCAACUGGACUGGCCUGACCAACAUGCUGGACAUCCCUGGGGUCAAUGGUCUUUGUGACAGCAUGAUCCAAGACAUCAUUUACAGCUUCGUGGUCCUUCCUAACCGUAUCACCAUCCCUCUGGUGGGGGAGGCCCAGCUGGACCACCUCCUCUUCCCUGUGCCCAAAGGAAUCCUGCGGAUCCACUUCAUCGAGGCUCAGGACCUGCUGGGUAAGGACAAGUUUCUUGGCGGUCUAAUCAAGGGCAAGUCCGAUCCAUACGGAGUCAUCCGGGUCGGGAAACAGCUCUUCCAGAGCAAAGUCAUCCACGAGACGGUCCACCCCAAAUGGAAUGCCGUAUAUGAGGCCGAAGUAAUGGAUCCCACUGGACACAACCUGGAGGUCCAACUCUACGAUGAAGAUGCUGACAAAGACGACCCGCUGGGAAGUGUGACUAUCGACAUUGCCGAGCUCGCCAAAGACCAGACGGUGGACGAGUGGUUCGGGCUGGACGGCGUGGCCUCCGGGAAGCUGCACCUAAAGCUGGAGUGGUUGUCUCUCCUGUCAACACCUGACAAAUUGGACCAGGCGCUGGCCAGCAUUCGGGCAGACCGUGGCAAAGCCAACGACGGGCUGUCAUCCGCGCUGCUUGUUGUCUUCUUGGACUCUGCACGAAACCUGCCGCAAAAUCCCUUAGAGUUCAACCAAGGCGGGUCCAAGAAGGCCUCGCUCACUAAGGUCAUCAAGUCCGCCAAGAAAGUGACCAGUGAUCCCAGUCCCUUUGUCCAGCUGAGAGUGGGUCACAAGUCCCAUGAGAGCAAGACUCGCUACAAGACUCAUGAACCAGUGUGGGAAGAAGCCUUCUCAUUCCUCAUCCACAACCCCAGAAGUCAAGAUCUGGAGAUAGAGGUGAAGGAUGCCAAACACGAGUGUUCACUGGGCACGCUCAUUGUGCCUCUGAGCCGUCUGCUGGAGGCCGAGGACAUGACGCUAAACCAGCAGUUUCCUCUCAAGACCAACGGACCCAGCUGCACCAUCAAGAUGAAGAUGGCCCUGCGAGUAUUGUGCCUGGUGGGCAAAGAAGCAUCCUUGACCCCUGACCCCAAUCCAUCCUCGACGCAGCUUCGCAAGUCCAGCUCCACACAGCAGUCCUCCUCAUCUGACCUCCCCACGCAGGAGUCGUCGGCUUCGCACAUCCCGCGCUCAGCGUCUGUGUCAGCGCAGAACACCGUCAACCGCCGGUGGGAUGGCGAGGAACAGCACAGCGACGUGGCGGGGGGAAGGAUCGGAGGUCAAAGUGUGGCGGAGAGCAGAAGGAGCACAUCCAACUUGACCAACAUGGGCUCACAGCAGAUCCUCGGCGGAGGCAAGGAGGCCACGCCAAGCAUCGCCUCGGACAUCUCCAACCCAUACGCCACCCAGGAGCUGCAGCAGAGACUUCAGCAGCUGCAGAAUGGUUCUGGGCCCAACUCCUUCCCGCUGGGGGAGAUCCAGCUGACGGUGAGACACAGCUCCCAGAGGAACAAGCUGGUGGUGGUGGUUCACGCCUGCAGGAACCUCAUCUCCUUCACUGACCACGGAUCAGAUCCUUAUGUUCGCCUCUACUUACUUCCUGACAAGAGGAGGUCUGGCAGGAGGAAAACGCACACCCUGAAGAAAACACUCAACCCUGUUUACGAUCAGACCUUUGAGUUCAGUGUAUCCCUGGUGGAGCUCCACAGGAGAACGUUGGACGCGGCUGUGAAGAACGGUGGGGGUCUGCUCUCCAAACACAAGGGUCUUCUGGGAAAGGUGUUGGUGGAUUUGACCCACGAGGACAUGGCUAAAGGGUGGACACAGUGGUAUGAACUGAGCGAAGAGGGCCUGAGGAAGCCUCAUCGGAUAUAGGUUCAUAGGUUCAUCAUCAUGAUUCCACAUUUUUGUGCUGGUUUUCCUGUAGAAAACAAACAAGUAGCUUUAAGGUUCCUGUACUCUCGUCAGUUGCAAGGCAGACCUCCCCUUUAAGGCUAAAGGGAGAGUGCACAUUCUAUUUAUAACAUAAAUAACAAACUAUUUUUGUAAAUAUGUAGCACCAUGGCAGGUGUAUGCUCCAAAUGUAUAUCAUUUCUUUUUUUUUCUUCUGAAAAUAAGGUCUUGUCUGUGAUGUAAGAAGCCAGGAAUGCCGCUGUCAAAGAGAGUUGAAUAUUUUUUUUUAUUUUUUGCUAUUAAAAAAAAAACCUAAAGUCUACACUGGCUUCAUUUCACACAUUUUCUUAUGUCAGUAAAAGUAAGUCAAGUAAGUUUGCUGUGUAUUUUUAGUUUAGAAGUCUGAAAUGAAGCCGGUGUAAAGUGUUAGCAGUUUGCACAUCCUUCAACAUGUUAAAGGAUCAUUGGAGUUCCAAUGAACCCUUAAGAACCCUUAAGAACACUUUGAAUGUGCUAAAAUGUUUCUUGUACAACUUUGUGCUUGACUUGAACUCAACUAUGAGGCAAAUUUUGGACUGUGUCACAAACUUUUUUGUGUUCCACGUUUGUGCGCCAUCAUUUACCUUUAAGCACAAAUGGGUUUGGGUUCUUAUGGGUUAAAAUGUUAGUCAGGUGUUUUAAAGGAUGCUUUUAUUUUGCAAUUACUGAAAAGAUCUAUUCUAUAUUACAGUACGUCAUCCAUGUUCUUGUAGAAAACAUGCAGCUUUAAAGGAAACAUGUCUAACACAGCACCGCCUAGUGGCCACUUUUGCAAGCACGCUUUACUUCCGAGUGCUUUUGCAUGCACAUAAAUGCAAUUGAUAUCAUGUUAAGGCUUUUUAUAUUGUUUAUUGUUCAUGUAAACGUUUUGUUUAAGAGUCUUAAAGUUGAUUUUUUUUUAUGCCGACAUACCAAAGUCAGCCAGCAGCGAGUCUAGUUGGCCUGUGUGACCUUUGACCUGGAGACACGUGACAAAGACAGUAUUUAGUGUGGUGAAGAUAGACUGCGGCUUUGUUUUCUACUUUGUGCCUUAAAAACGUGUCGGUGCCUUCAUAGCUUUACUCUGGUAGAAGAAGAAAUAAAGGGCCUUUUAUCAGCCAA